CCGCUGGUCUCAUGCACACCUUCAACGCUCACGCGGCCACCGACAUCACAGGGUUUGGCAUCCUUGGCCAUGCUCAGACGUUGGCACGGCAACAGCGAAGUGAGGUGUCAUUUGUCAUCCACAACCUCCCGGUGCUCGCCAAGAUGGCUGCCGUUUCCAAAGCCUGCGGGAACAUGUUUGGACUGAUGCAUGGCACCUGCCCUGAAACAUCAGGCGGCCUGCUGAUCUGUUUGCCUCGGGAGCAAGCCGCCCGCUUCUGUGCCGAGAUCAAAUCUCCCAAGUACGGAGAGGGCCACCAAGCGUGGAUCAUCGGGAUUGUAGAGAAAGGAAACCGCACUGCUCGCAUCAUCGACAAGCCAAGAAUCAUAGAAGUGGCACCGCAAGCAGCCACGCAGAAUGUCAACCCGACACCCGGUGCAACUUCGUAAUCUUCCUUCGAUGCGUCAUAGACCGGAACCCAAAAGCUCUGUCGAGUGAUUUUAGACACAUAAACUACAAAAACCAUCCUAGAGUGUUGAAAUAUAUACACAAGAUAGUAUGUACACAGAAAAGACUGGGUUGGCGUGCAUCAUCGUGAAAACAGCCCCACACAGUGGCCUCGGGGGACACGCCACCACCCAGUGGACUCAACCUGCAGUAUCCCCCCUCCCCCCAUAAUAACAAUUGGUAAGAACUAGAGCAUACUGAAAAUCCGUUUGCCUUUUCGUGUCUGUCGUGUUCUGUUUUGUUAAAUGUGCUUGAUUGGCAGGCAGCUUGUGACAAGAGAGCGAUCGUUACGAUGAAGACAAUAAUCUGGUAAUGCUGAUUCAUUUUGAAUCAUAGGAAGCCUGGAGUCUGUUGUCUGUUUGGCUCUUUUUAAAAUUGCUCUCAUCAAACAAACAAACAUACAAACAAACUGUGUAUGGUGUUUUUGUUUGUUGCCCAUUCACUUUGUACAGUUAUAAAGCCUAGUUUUAGUUCGUUGCUGUAACUGAUGCCUUGAAAGAAACCGAGUGUGACCGGAAUGGCUUGUUUUUUUAUUACUUUGACUUUUUGUAUUGUCCCCACAUAAACUAAUAAUAAAUAGUCAAAUAGAAGACGGUUUGUUCUCGCUGCUUUGGAGCUGCACUCCUGAAUCAAAUUGGACGUCAGGUUGAUUUUUCCACAUUAAAGAACCGAUGCUGCUCCAUUGUGCAUUGUUCUGAAGUUAGAAAUGAAACUGGAGUCAUGGGUGACACAGUAUCUGCAUAAUCCUCAGGAGAUGAACCUUAAACCAUCUGCAUUCCCAGUAUCAUUAUACGGUAAUAUGAUGUAAGCUUUCCAUCGUAGAUUCAAAAAAAAAAAAAAGCAGCCCAGGGUUGUGAGUCAACAAGUUCUCUAAACAUCUUGUUGCCUGGUUGUUGUGUCCAGAAUCUGGUGCGUUUUAUUUUUUACUAAAGAUGUGCUGAGAGCAGUCUGACCUAAAGUAAUGAAAGCUUCCAGCUGGUCAGAGUUCGUUUUUGUUUUCCCUAAUAGCUGGAGGGAAUCUGGAAGAUCUCUGUAAAUGUUCAGGAACAAGAUAUAAUCUCCAUCCCACCUCUUACAAUAAACCUCUCUUAUAAUA